GACCCCUCUGGCGCUGGGCUGGUCCUGCAGCCAUGGUGCGGAAGUUGAGCUUUGUGCUCUUCCUGCAGCUUGUGGUGGGCCCGGCUCUGGUGCGCAGCUCCAGCCCUCUCCCCCUGGUUCUCAACACUUGGCCGUUUAAGAAUGCAACCGAAGCAGCGUGGCGGACGUUGGCAUCCGGAGCGUCGGCGCUGGACGCGGUGGAGGCCGGCUGCGCCCAGUGCCAGAGGGAGCAGUGCGACGGCAGCGUCGGCUUCGGCGGGAGCCCCGACGAGGCUGGGGAAACCACGCUGGACGCCAUGAUCAUGGACGGCACUACUAUGAACGUCGGAGCAGUAGGAGAUCUCAGACGCAUUAAAAACGCUAUUGGUGUGGCCCGGAAAGUCCUGGAACAUACAACACACACACUUCUAGUAGGAGAGUCAGCUACCAAGUUUGCCGAAAGUAUGGGGUUUGUCAAUGAGGAUUUGUCUACCAAUACGUCUCGAGCGCUUCAUUCCGAUUGGCUUGCUCGGAACUGCCAGCCAAAUUGUUGGAGGAAUGUUAUACCAGAUGCUUCCAAAUACUGUGGACCUUACAAACCACCUAGUAUCUUAAAGCAAGAUGGUUCUACCUAUAAGGAAACAGGAGAUAGUUAUGGUCAUGAUACUAUUGGCAUGGUUGUAAUCCAUAAGAUGGGACACACUGCUGCGGGUACCUCUACAAAUGGUAUAAAAUUCAAAAUACCUGGUCGAGUAGGAGACUCGCCAAUUCCGGGAGCCGGGGCCUAUGCGGACGACGCUGCGGGGGCUGCGGCGGCCACUGGGGACGGGGACAUACUGAUGCGCUUUCUGCCAAGCUACCAAGCCGUAGAAUAUAUGAGAAGAGGAGAAAAUCCAACGUUAGCUUGCCAAAAAGUGAUUUCAAGAAUUCAUAAGUAUUUUCCAAAGUUCUUUGGAGCUGUUAUAUGUGCCAAUGUGACUGGAAGUUAUGGUGCUGCGUGCAAUAAACUACCUACAUUUACCCAAUUUCAUUUCAUGGUUUAUAAUUCUCUAAAAAAUCAGCCAGUGGAGGAAAAAGUUGACUGCAUCUGAUCCAUUUUCCCUGGCAGCAUCUAUAUUUGAAAAAGAAAGAAGCGAAGGCUGAAAAGGUUACUUGUUGUCACUGCAGAGUGUGUGCCUCAUGUAUUCUAAAUUCUUGUGUAAAAUAAUCACAAAAAUAAAUGUAUGCUAAAGGAGCACUUUUGCUUUUAAUAUAUGAAAUUUUCAUUAUCUAUAUUUAAGCUUUGUAUAUUACCUGAAAGUGAAUAUGCAAAUGUAUGUAGCUUUUAGAUGUUUAAAUUUUAGUUGACAUUUGGAUUUCUACUCAAUGCUUUAAGGAAUUAGUACCUUGGGGAUUUAUUUUCAUAAUGAAAUCUUAAAGCCAAAAGAAAUCGUCUAUAUUUGGAUACUUAAAAUAAUUAGAGUGUCCAGGUUUUUUAGACCCCAAGUAAAAAGUAAGGA